CGGAACUUCUUUGUUGCCAUUUCCCCCCUUUUUGAUUUGAAAUUCUGAUGCUCCAAAAGUGAAGGAGCCCCUAAAGGAUGCUGACAAAGGCAGGGCACGUGUGCAUUGACGGGAAGCAUCAAAGCGUGAAAAGAGGAGGAACCAGCGUGUGCCUAAAGCAUCCUAAUAUAAUAAACCUCAGGUACAUCUGCCCGAGCAAUCUGCGGACCCUCCCAUCUCCAAAUCCAUAGGGAUUCCAGCUCCAUCUGAUUGGACGAGGCGGCGAGGGGCGAGAACAAUGUCAUCAUUCCUGCUUAAAAAGACUGCUGCUAUGCCUCCGUGAUGGAAAGAUCACCGCACGCGUCCAAAUAUAGUACCAGGUGUGCCUCUGAUUCCAACCCGUCUGAAGUGCCUUUCAGCUGGCGAAGAUGCCGAGGGGAUUUUUAGUCAAGAGAAAUAAGAAAGCGACACCUGUUUCGUACCGCGUCCGCUCGGAGGAGGAUGAGCAGGGCGCGUUUCCAGGAGCGCAGCAGGACGCGGCGAGCGCGCACCGCCCGGCGUCGUCGUCCCCGCCGCCGCCGCCUCUGCGCACGGACGCGGCGCAGCCGGUGCAGUUCGGGAACCCAGAGAUCGUGUAUCGAUCCAUGUACAGCCCGACCCGGCCCGUGAGCAGGGAGCACGAGAGGGCGUGUUUGGAAAGGCGCUUCAAUCUCGGCUCGCCCAUUUCGGCCGAGUCCUUCCCGGCGGCGCCCCACGGCUCCGAUCAGGCGCCGUUCGCGCCCGUGGAUCUUAAAAUCGGCACCAGCAACAGCACCCGAACCGGCACCACGUUACCCGCCAAACGACCCGCAUCGGACGCGGAGCGCAAAGGCAAACCAGCAUCCAAGAAAGCCAAAGCCAUGCGGAAAUUGCAGUUUGAGGACGAAGUCACCACUUCCCCGGUGCUGGGACUGAAGAUCAAAGAAGGUCCGGUGGAGCAAAAACCCAGGUCCCAGUGCACAGGCGGCGACAAGCCGCUAGGCGAGUUCGUGUGUCAGCUGUGCAGAGAGGCAUACGCCGACCCCUUCUCUCUAGCCCAACACAAAUGCUCCAGAAUCGUCCGGAUCGAGUACAGAUGCCCGGAAUGCGACAAGCUCUUCAGCUGCCCGGCGAACCUGGCCUCGCACCGGCGGUGGCACAAACCCAAAACGGCGCCGCAGAACCCGGAGAGCAAUAAGACCCCCGCGGCCGAGAAAGAGGAGACCUCCAGCGACAGAGACACUCCGAGUCCCGGACUUUCCGAAUCCGGAUCCGAAGACGGGCUUUACGACUGCCAGCACUGCGGGAAGAAGUUCAAACGUCAGGCGUACCUGAAAAAGCACGUGAUGGCGCACCACGAAGCGUGCGACAAACCCCAAAGCCAGGCGCCGCUGAAUCUGAGCGCGUCCGAGUGCCACCUGUGCCCGGUGUGCGGAGAAAACUUCCCCAGCAGAAUGAGCCAGGAGCGGCACAUCCGCCUGCAGCACUCGGCGCAGAUCUACCCCUGCAAAUACUGUCCCGCCAUGUUCUACAGCUCGCCGGGACUUACGAGACACAUCAACAAAUGCCACCCGUCGGAAAACAGGCAGGUCAUCCUGCUGCAGAUGCCGGUGCGUCCAGCCUGCUAAAGCAAAGCUGUGCCUUGAACCAGCGCAUCCCGACUCCGAAGCGGGUCGGGAAGCACUGCAUUAACCCACAGAGUCGACCUGGAUGAGCACCAGAUGAGACUGAGUUUUCAAAUCUAAGGUAGUUGAUCUACGACAGGUUAGACUGUUCGCUUAUUUUUCUAGGAUCUCCGCACAAGUGCUUUUAGCUUUUAGACCUAAGAAUCCUAGAACAUGCCUUGAAUUCACAGGCUGUACAUACGUCUCCAUCGUUUCUAGCUUUAAUAGAGCUUGUGAAUCUGUGGACUUUGACUGUAGCUGUCCAAACAACCUACUGACAAGGGUUUCCCUUUAGUGUAGCCAGAAAUGCCUUGAAUUAGAUCUCGACAUGCUGUAAAACUGCCUUAAUCAUGUAAAUGUUGGAGUGAUUGCGGUUGCUGAUAAUAAUUUUUUAUAUUGUUGCUGUUAUUAUUAUUCUUGUGUGUGUAUAUGUUUGUGAUUAUUUAUCUUAUUAUUAUUAUUUAUUUAUUUCAAAUGUUUUAUUUAAAUUAUUCGUUUGCCUAAUUCGUUUGUGAUUGAUUUGAAAGUUGUCUCGACAGCCAAAUGUUUCAUUUAUCGAUCUAAAGAUCGAUCUUUGUCAAUGCUGAAAGUCUGAAAUUCACUUUGCAUUAGAUACAAUCGUUUAUUAAUUUAUUUUUAUUUUCUUCAUGUUCAGCGCUUGUGUGUUUCUGCAGUCCUGCUAUUUGUCCAAAAAUACUUAUGCUAAUAAUAAUAAUAAUAAUAAUAAACAGUCCAAAAAGUCAAAAUGGGAUCCACUUGUGAUGUGACAUUCCAGCAAUCUGUUGUCAUGUGGAAACCCAGACACUGUGAACAUAGAAAUUCAUCAUCAUCUUCAAUGACAUGUGUCCAACUGGAUUCUGUACCAAGAUAAGUCUGCACUUAAUAAAACACAUCAACCUAAAACAA